UGGAAAUUAUUUUGUUUAAUUAUACGUUUAAAGAAUUAAAAUAGUAUAUCCAAAUCGCUACAACAUUCAAAUGAAGAGUUUUUUAAACAUCCUGAUCCAAAAUUGGAUGUAUUUCUUCGGUUUAAUAAAUAUAAUAAUAGCGCAAGAUCUUAUACCUCCUCCAGGCCCACCCUUUUCUCCGCCUAUCAAUGUUCAUAAAGCUGUGUCCAAAGAAUUUAAUAUACCUUCCGACAGAAUCGGAGAAUUUAUAGAGUCACUUAAAAGUAGAUUGAGUGAAGAAGGAAUUGACAUAAAAACCAUCAAAAAUUCUCAACGUAUUCCAGCUCUGAUAAAGAAUGUAAUAUAUAAAAAUGGGGAUUUAAAAAGACUCAAAGGAAGAUCGGGGGCUGAAGAAAAUAGGAAUAAUUUUGAUGAUGAAGAUGUGUCCUUCGAUACCACUGAUUAUUAUGCGCCUAAACAAACGACUCCUGCCCGCCAUCUUGGUUCAUAUGAUCAACAAUUUAAUUAUAACACAGUAGGCUUUAAUCCAGAUUACGAUAAUUCUGAAGAGAGCAGAUAUCAAAAUUUUCUUAGAGUUAUACCUUCAAACGAUAACCAAAAAUUUGAUCAAUACAGCGAUGACAAUUAUAAUUGGAAACCUAGAGGUUCAAAUCAAAACACAUAUUAUGGAGGUAAUUCGUUUGAACUAGAAAAUGCAUAUAAUACCCAAUCAUUUGAAAGAACAACUCCGUUAAGUUACACCUCGUAUAAUAAACGCUCAAGUGUUAGAUCUGGUCCACAAUCGUACCAAUAUUUUAGAAAUAAUUGGCAGGCAACUCAAUCACCAAAUAAUAUACAGGGUAUCUCAACCACCAAACAUAGGCCCCAGUACAUGACUCCUGCAAGCAAAUUUGAUCGAUAUUAUGAUUACGAAGAUUUAAAUGGCAGGCUAAGACGGGGGAAAAGAAGUUACGACGUCAAGAGUAAAAAAACCCAAAGUGAUGUCAAUUUUGAAAAGGGGUAUUAUCAUGAUGGAAUCUUUAAUUAUACCAAAAAAUUAACUGAAGACCUUGAACCAUCUUAUAAACGAGAUACAUGGAAUCAGAACACCCCAAUUCCAAAUACUAUUGAUUGGAAUUUGUUUUCACAAAUGAGAAAUAAAAUUAAUUUCCCCAAGUUUUUGAAGAAGCAAAAUUUAACUAAUGUUGGUAACUUUAAAAAUCUUAGAUCAUCAUAUGAAUUGCCAGAAUACUUAAACCCUAUUGCAACAAUCCAAAACUCUAAUGAAAAAUGCUGCGAAAAAUUAGAAAAAUUAAAGGGUUUCAAUAGAAUAAUAAAUAAUUUUGAUUUUCAAAAUAAUGGACACAGAAAAUAUCCAGGUUAUGAGCUAGGUUAUUAUGAUGAAGGUAAACAGGUGGCGACAGAUUUCCAAUAUUCUGUCGAUUCUAAAAACAUCGAUAAACCGGUUUACAAUUCUUUGAGAAACUAUACAGAUAAUGAUAAAUCACUCCUACCAUCCUCGGAUGACCCUUCAGGGUUUGGCUAUCCCGAAGAUCAAAAGUCACCCAGUUCUAAUAAAACAAAAAGAUUUGAUAAUUUCAAAGCCUUAAACGUCUCCUCUUCAAAUUCGUCCCGGGUAGUCAAACACAGCGCAUUUAUAGAUUUUCCGGAUGAAUCACAAUACAAUGACAAUAAUAAUCAUGUUCAAAAAGUCAUGAAUGAACACGACAUAAGAAGGAUGGAAGAGUUUAUCACGAAUCCUUUAUUCAUAACCAGCAUUCCAUUUAGUCAAUACGACUCCAGCGAAAUUCCAUCAACUUCCACAAUUGAUGCCCCAGAUACUGGCUACGAUCUGAGUAGGCCUAAUAAUAACUAUGAGAACAUUGAGACCAAAGAGCCCCCAUCGGAUAAAGUGGAAAGGUCUUACAAGCAUUUCAGUUACAAAAAACGAGGUCACGUUAAUCAAAAGUCGUCUAAAGUUAUAGAUACAAAAGUAAAAUGUGACUUUGGCCUGAAUCUAAUGAAAAUUCAAUUGACCUUUAAUUCGCCGUUUUAUGGUGUUAUAUAUGCCAAAGGAUUUUACAAAGUUAAAUCCUGCCGAUUCAGAGGCCAUGGGGAGAGUGAAAUAGUAUACGUUCUGCCUUUCAAUGGUUGUGGAAUGCAAACGUUAAUGGAGGGCCAAAAUUUGAUAACGGGAAAAAUGAAGUUAAACAACAUUAUUAUAGUCAUGUUCGAUUCUGUCUCAGGAGUUUUGGAAGCCCAAGAUACUGCAUUUAAAACAUCUUGUGUCAUGGGUGGAAGUGGAAACAACGUAUUGAAAGCUAAAGUAGAUGUCCCAAUGAUUGAUGCAACGAAAGAAAUUUUGCCAGAUACAUUAAACUUACCACCUGCAUGGAUGAAAAUAGUGAAAGGCAAAGAUCCCUUUGAGUCUCCCGCUCAUUUACUUCAUUUAGGACAAAUUGGGACAAUCGUGAUAAGUGCAACAUCUCUACACGGACUAAUCGACAUAUUCGCUUUUAAUUGUUAUGCUCACGAUGGAAUGGGAAUGGGGUUGAUACAACUUAUUGAUGAAUAUGGAUGUCCAUUGCACGGAAAAUUGAUAGGGCCUCAAGCUAAAACAGAAUACGAGGAUAAAAUUAUACUGUUCGCUCAUUUUAAAGUUUUCAAAUUUCCGGAUGUUCAAAAUGUAUUUUUUGAGUGCUCAAUCAAAUUUUGUCACCACAAAUGUCCACCAGUCAAUUGUAACGGUUAUAAAGCUAAGAUCGCUAACAAAAGCUAUCGAAAGAAAAGGAGUAUAUCAAACAUUUCCAGGGUUGAAAUGGAUGAAAAAGAAUUAACGUUAAAUGAGACCAUACUCUUAGGAUUACCGGAGAAAAAUGUAUCGACUUUCCAUUUAUUUCAAUCAAUAUCCAUAGCGAUGCCUGAAUAUGAAUAUGCCAAUAUUAUGGACUCUAAAGCUAACUCAGCAAUCAUUAAGGAAGAAGUGAAUUCAUUUGAAGUAGAAGAAAGGGCGGCGGAAGCAAGGGAUAAUAUUGAGUCAAAUAAAGUUAAUGGGGUGGAAUCGAUAAACGUCACAAAGUAUUGUCUUUCAAGAGUCACCAUAACGAUAUCAUGUAUCAUACUAGGAUGUAUGGCCGCGAUAGCCAUCAUCAUUCCCUCAUCUGUGAUAUAUUAUUUCUUAUCCAAAUCUUCCAAAGAUGAUUUUAAGUUAAGUGAACCGCCUUAUGACAAAAAGAAAUCGAAUAUAUUUUACAUGAUGCGAAAACUAUCUAGCAAUAACUUGAACGCUAUCAUGCCGAAUAACAAAUGCGACAUCUAUACCUCUCAACAAAAUUGCAACGAUGAUGAUAGUUUGAAAGAAUGAAAAAAAAUAUUCAAUCUGCUUAAUUAA